GAUGAUUUGCUGAAGUUAGAGGCCGGUAAUGUAUACAGAUAUUUUAUGCCCCUAAAACCCAGGAUUACCGUCAUUUUGGGCAAUUUCAGAUUUUUAAUUUUUGUCAUGCCCAGCUGAUACUAAAAAGUUUCAAGACUAUAGAGUAUCCCAAAGGGAGCCCCCUGUCUACACCGGAGAGACAGGACGAUGUCUGGACGGUGUCGUUAGAAGGGACAGGAUCAUGCGGUAACCUCUCCCCAAUCCGAAUGAAUUUUAUGCAAUGGCUUCGAGAACUUUGAUUUGUGCUGUCAGGACAUUACAUUCUAAACUAACGCUGCAUCAAUCAUCCAAGUGGUGGCUUGUGGGAAAUCUGUCAUCCACAAGCCAUUAUUCUACAAAAUCAAAUUUCACCCAGACAAAACCAAAAGACUCCGAGGUCACUAUACAAGACAGAACAUUCACCCAAGAUGCCUUCACGACCAUCACGCCAAAGAUCAUCUCGCGGGUCGGUACCAACCUGCACAAUAAACCCCACCAUCCACUCUGCAUCAUCAAGGAGAAAAUCCGCGACUACUUUUACAGUAGCUUUCUCAAUCGUCGUGGCAACCCACUAUUCUCCAUCUAUGACAACCUAAGCCCUAUUGUAACCGUACAACAGAACUUUGACAGCGUGCUGGUCCCGAAGGAUCACAUAUCGAGAAAGAAAGGGGACAAUUACUACAUCAAUGAGGAGUUUAUGUUGAGGGCGCAUACAUCAGCUCAUCAGCAUGAGCUGGUCAAUGCAGGGCUGGAUGCAUUCCUGGUGGUUGGCGAUGUCUAUCGUAGGGAUGAGAUCGAUACCAGUCAUUAUCCUGUCUUUCAUCAAAUGGAGGGAGUGAAGCUCUUUACGCAGCAUGAGCUGUUUGCAAAUUGCAACGAUGCCACAAAUCUGAGUUUGUUUGAGACCCGGCCAAUGACUAGAACCCCUGACAGGCAAGAGUGCCAUACCUUGGAGGCUGCCAAGCUGGUGGAGUUUGAACUUAAGAAUGUAAUCACCUCCAUGGCUGAGAUGCUCUUUGGAAAGGACAUUGAAUGUAGAUGGAUUGAGACAGAGUUCCCUUUCACUCACCCUUCCUGGGAGUUGGAGAUCUUCUUUCAAGGAGAUUGGUUGGAGGUGCUAGGAUGUGGUAUCAUGGAACAGAAGCUUUUACAGUCAGCUGGUGCUGGAACUUCUAUAGGCUAUGCCUUUGGUCUUGGACUAGAACGCCUUGCAAUGAUCCUGUUUGACAUUCCAGACAUCAGACUAUUCUGGAGCACAGACAAUCGGUUUCUGGACCAAUUCAGGGACCAAGACAUAAAUCAGUUCAAAUUCAAGCCAUUCAGCAAAUAUCCACCUGUCAUCCAAGAUAUGUCGUUCUGGUGUCCCGAAUCUGACUACGAAUCCAAUGACUUCUAUGAUCUAGUACGAAAUGUAGGGGGAGAGCUUGUAGAACAGGUUGCAAUGAUUGAUGAGUUCACACACCCAAAGACUCUGAGAACCAGCCAUUGUUACAGGAUAACGUAUAGGAGUAUGGAAAGAACUCUUGUUCGAGAGGAGGUUAAUCAAAUUCACGACUUAAUCAAAGAAACUGCAGAAAAACAGCUUAGAGUGGAGCCAAGAUGAUUUUACACCUGGAAUGAUUAGAAUUUAUUAUGCAGUAAUAAUGGUAAACCUUCAGGAUUAUAUUAAAAGGAAAAUAUGAAUUGAGAAUGAAUUUACUUGGAUGAAAAUGAGGGGAGUACGUUACUGCAAGCUUGAGUAAAUUUUAAUAAGCACCAUACUUUUCAACUGUCCCAGUGUUGGAGAAGUAGACCAAGAUGUAUUUCCAGCCAUAAUGACACUUAUAGUUUGGUAAAUAUCUCGCCAAUGAUAAUGUGAAAGAAAUCAUCAAUGUCCCUAUUUUAAUGCCUGCAAGGUUGGCAAAUAUUUGAGAUUUUAAAGUUGUCAGUUUUCAACAGGAAUAUGUAAGUUUGUGAAAUAUCUUUUGAGCUCUCAACCUUAAUACCUUUUGUAAUUGAUGAAAUAAUACAUUCAGUUCAAACAAGAGUUUUAUAGGAUAUGUCCAAAUUAUUGAUAUACUGUAGGUGUAGGAUUUAACAUUUUCUUAAGAAAAAAAAAGAACAACGAAUUGUGUCAAUACCAAAAAUUAUCUAAGUUUGACCUUCUUGAAUAAUAGAGCAGUUUUGAUUUCAUGCUGAUAAUCUACAGACUAUCACAAUUCAUUGAGAAAUUAACUGCUAUUUUGUGGCUUAUGCCGUGGAUGACAAGCAUGAUGAUUUUCAACCCCAUUUUAUGUUUGACAUUUGAGUGGCUUUAUGAUCUACCAAAAGAACCUGGCCUAGCUAGGGUGUUAACUAAGGAAAAAAAAAGAAGAUAAAGGCCCAGUCACAUCGUUCAAUGCAAGCCUUGCAGGUAACUAUUGUUGCUACCCGCAGGUUGGCCGCAUUGACAGUAUUUCGCACGCAACUCACGCACAGAAGCGCAUGCAAGUCUGAUUUGCAUGCAGAAAAGUUUUUAACAUGCUCAAAACAUUUUUGCGGGCAAUCACCCACAAGGCUUGCACGGAAUUGUGACAGGGCCUCAAGCUAAUGGUUCAUUGUAUUUGUGUAAAAAUGUAAUAUUUUAUGGAAUAUAAUUUUAAAGGGUUUAUAAAAGAUGAAAUCUACUAAAAAAACUUUA